AGACCAAAAUGAAGGACACUUGGCAGUUAACAGUUAACAGUUGAGCCAUUUAUCCCCUUUCUUCUUCUUCAAUGGGGUUCGCCUGUGGUUCUUUGCUCCACCCUUUUAUCUCCAUAACAAUGGCUUCCCCAACUCUAAGCCAAUCAUUGCCUAAACCCUUUUCCUUCAAGCCCACCAUUGCCAUUUCUUCUUCCAUGGUUAGCCCAACAAGUUCUUCUUCGUCCUCUUCCACUGGUUCCUACAGUCCCCACUGGGACAACUCCAUUCUUCGACAACCGACCACAUCGUACGAUUCUCCUCCUGAGAUACUCCGCCAGUGGAUCGAACUCCAACAACCUCUAGCUUCUCACGAUAGAUUUACUGUGGCAUCAUAUAACAUAUUGGGAGAUAGAAAUGCUUCAAAACAUAAAGAUUUGUACCUAAAUGUUCCUUCAAAUUACAUAAGAUGGGGUUACCGGAAAAGGGUUUUAUGUGAAGAAAUAAUGAGAUGGAACCCAGAUAUAAUCUGUAUGCAGGAGGUGGAUAAGUACUUUGAUCUAAGGAACACCAUGGAGAAGGCAGGAUAUGUUGGGUCUUAUAAGCGACGUACCGGAGAUAAUGUUGAUGGGUGUGCUACAUUUUGGAAACCUGACAAGUUCCGAUUGUUGGAGAGGGAAAGCAUCGAAUUUAAGGGAUUCGGUCUUCGUGAUAAUGUUGCUCAGCUUUCUGUUUUUGAGAUGUGCAGAGUUGAAUCUAGAAGACUAGUUGUUGGUAACAUUCAUGUGCUUUAUAACCCAAGCCGUGGAGAAGUAAAGUUAGGCCAAAUUCGUUUUCUCUCUUCGAGGGCACAAUUACUCUCCAACAGAUGGGGGAAUGCCCCAGUUGUACUUGGGGGUGAUUUUAAUAGCACUCCUCAGAGUGCAAUAUACAAGUUCUUGUCAACAUCAGAGCUUAACGUCAAGUUGUAUAACAGAAGAGAGUUGUCGGGUCAGAGAAGUUGCUAUCCCUCUGAAGUUUUGGGUGGUAACAGAGAAUCAAGAAGUUCAAUUUCUGUUAUGGACAGAGUUUUGAAUGAUUGUUGGACUGAUGAGGAGGUUAAAGCUGCAACUGGAACUGCUAAUAGCCGUUUAGUUAUGCAUCCAUUGCAGCUUAAUAGCUCCUAUGCCACAGUAAAGGGUUCUACAAAUACAAGGCACUCCAACGGUGAACCUUUAGCCACUUCCUACCACUCUAAGUUUCUUGGAACUGUUGACUAUUUAUGGUACUCGGAAGGCGUUCUACCUAUUAGAGUUCUGGAUACUCUUCCAAUUGAUAUUCUCACGAGGACUGGUGGCCUUCCAUGCAAGAAAAUCGGAAGCGAUCAUUUGGCCUUGGUUUCUGAAUUUGCCUUCUCUAAAAGUACCAUAGAAGAUGAUAACCUGACUACACCAGCAGUCCUUUGUUUGGAUUAAAUCCCCUAAUCCGACUCCAAACAUAAACAGUAAACACAAAAACAUACCGGAGUUGUAAACACUGGCGUAUUUAGUCUUGGUUGGGACGAUCAACGUCAGGUGUGGGUGAUAACUGAUAACUAUGCUCUGACACAUAUUAAAGGUUGCAUGAGCUUUAUUAGCAAUCAAUAUAUCGUGAUCUGCAAGUACGGUUGCUUUCGUUGCUUUCAUGGAAUGUGUUGUGUAAAUAAAGCUUCCUUUGCUUCAGAAAAGUAAUUAUAAAAUAAGGCUUCCUUUUUCAGCAUAUGCAGAUUUUGUUUUUGUAUUUAUUGUCUGAAACAAGUUGAUGGAGAGAGUGGGUGACAUUAAAUAUUUGGACCAUCCAUGUGCACGUCAUCCUCGUAUGUUAAUAAAAUGUAUUUUUUUAUGA